GACGGCCAUGCAGCGCUCGCGGACGGCCGCGGACGACGCGGCUCUGCUCCUGGCCGGGCUGGGCCUGCGCGAAUCGGAGCCGACCGCCGACUCCCCGGGGCGCGUGCGGCGAGGGCCGCGGGCGGCGGACGAGGCGGCGCCAGCGCCGGGCCGCAGAGGCAAGGGCGGCGGCGGCGGUGGCCCCGAGGCCGCGCCCGACGUCCCCGGCCGCCCCGAGCGAGGCCCCCGCGCCAGCCUGGCGGGCUCGGACGGCGGCAGCGCGCGCUCCAGCGGCAUCAGCCUGGGCUACGAUCAGCGCCACGGCCCCGGCCCCGGGCCGCCGUCGGGGGGCAGCGCGCGCUCCAGCGUGUCCAGCCUGGGCUCCCGCGGCUCGGCGGGUGCCUACGCGGACCUGCUGCCGCCCGUCGUCGGCCCCGCACCCGCCCGCUCUCCGGAGCCUGCCCCGUUCCCGUUCCCGUUGCCGUCGCUGCCGCUGCCCCCGGGCCGGGAGGGCGGCCCGAGUGCGGCCGAGCGGCGGCUGGAAGCGCUCACGCGGGAACUGGAGCGCGCGCUCGAGGCGCGCACGGCGCGGGACUACUUCGGCAUUUGUAUCAAGUGUGGGCUUGGCAUCUACGGAGCGAGGCAGGCGUGCCAGGCGAUGGGGGGCCUGUAUCACACUGACUGCUUCAUCUGUGACUCCUGCGGGAGACGCCUCCGCGGCAAGGCCUUCUAUAACGUGGGUGAGAAAGUGUACUGCCAGGAGGACUUCCUGUACUCCGGGUUCCAGCAAACAGCUGACAAGUGUAGCGUGUGUGGACACCUCAUCAUGGAGAUGAUCCUUCAGGCCCUUGGCAAGUCCUACCACCCGGGCUGCUUCCGCUGCUCAGUGUGCAACGAGUGUCUGGAUGGUGUUCCCUUCACUGUGGAUGUGGAGAACAACAUCUACUGCGUCAGAGACUAUCACGUGGUGUUUGCACCAAAGUGUGCCUCCUGUGCCCGCCCCAUCCUCCCCGCACAGGGCUGUGAGACAACCAUUCGUGUGGUGUCCAUGGACAGAGACUACCAUGUGGAGUGUUACCACUGUGAGGAUUGUAGGAUGCAGCUGAGCGGGGAGGAGGGACGCCGCUGCUACCCCAUGGAGGGGCACCUGCUCUGCCGCCGUUGCCACCUGAGGCGCCUCGGACAGGGCCCGCUCCCCUCUCCUGCUGUGCACGUGACUGAGCUCUGAGAAGCAGCUAUCAGAGGGAGGGGUGACCCGUGCUCUCCCCUCCUCCCCCUCCACCCAGCUGCUGUCCCUUCCGCAGGGGCCGGACCCCAGCGACAAAGAAGCAAUUUCUAUUUAUUCACCUUCUGUGCCUGAAGCCACUUCCCCUGCUGGGUCCCAGGACUGCCUCUCCAGUGCAUUUUGCUCCUCCCGGUCUCAGCUCCCAGAGGCAG